ACACAGCCUAUCUUGUCUCUUGACUCUUGCUUUGCUCGUUGACAGACAACCGCUAGUAACUUAACUACCUCGUUGUUCGAUUUCUGACGCUUCCGACUUGAUCGCCGCGUCUGCACUUGCUUCAAUCAAACCACUUGUUGUCACAUCUCAUCUCUGGGCGUCCGACCGUUCUUGCGUGGCAAUAGCAUCAGUUCAUACUGUACAGUGUUGAAACAUGUCCUGGCUAACGAACAUGGAGGGAAAACCGGAUCCGAACUUCAAGGACGACUCGCCCAAAGUCGCGGAUCCGUCGAUUCCGAAUCGUAUGGUGUCAACCAAGAACGCGAACAAACCUUUCUUGUCGUACAAAAAUUAUCGGGAACAGCAACGACAGCUGCACGACGGGUGGGUAGAGCGCCAGAAGGAACGCGAGGCGAAGAUCGCGAGGGGGGAGAAGGUCGGGCCACCCGAGCGUGAUCCUACGGAGGAGAGGGAGAUCAGCCUCGGCGAUAUCGUCAAGUUCCUCGUCUAUGUCUUGCUCGCUAUCACGCUCGGUGGGAAGUUCAUCACCGGGGACUUUAUGUGGGGGUAUAGAGGCAAGUGGACGAAUAUUCAUACUUAUUUGCCGUCCAAUGAACGCCUCUUCUCCGAGCGGACCCUCGCUCAGUUCGAUGGAUCGGAUCCCGAGAAGCCUCUCUACCUCGCCAUCGACGGAGACGUGUUCGACGUGUCGGAUAACCGACGCGUGUAUGGCCCCGGCGGCUCGUACCACAUCAUGGCUGGGAAAGAUGCCGCGAGAGCGUUCGGGACGGGGUGUUUCCAGACGCAUCAGACGCACGACCUCCGCGGUCUAACCGAGAGUGAACUGAGGGGCGUGAAUCACUGGAAGAGUUUCUUCAAAGAUCACAAGAGCUAUCACAAGAUCGGACGCGUCCAGCACCCGCCUAUCGACCCCGCGAGCCCGAUUCCGGAGCACUGUAAUCCGAAGGAGGCAAAGAAGGAUGAUUCGGCGGCGGAUGGGAAGAAGAAGACAGCGGAAUUUGCGGGGCCCCAGGGUGGUUCAAAGUCCGGCGGUGGUGCUGGGAGUAACGGUGGUUCGUCGUCGUCACAGGAGAAAAAGAAGAAGCGGGAGGAGUUGUGAACGCGUCGAACGUUCAAACGACGUUUGAGUCACGGUUGAGGCGCCCGAGAGAAGAUAUGGAUGGUUCAGCUCAGAGGCGCCACGGACAGAGGAUAGGAUAGGAGUGUGUAUUGGAUACAUAGUGAAUGAGUCAGACGCGUUGUCCGUCCGGAUGCAUGUGAUGUGGGAGCUAGGGACUAUCUACAGUGUGCUAUAUGAUAAGGGUACUUUUGGGAUGAUUGGAAUGUGUUUGCGUGUAUGUACAUAUGUAGUAGGGUCCAGAACAGAGAAAUGACGAGAUGGAAAGCGGUGCGAGAGCGAGAGCAGCACGAUGGUUCAGAAAGUCCCUGGGAACGAUAAAGGAAGAGGAGAAAGGGAGGAAAAUGCUAGGGAUGAGAGGCCAUGCGUAUGGAGAAAUCCACGGACGGCCAGUGUCAACUACCGCCUCCUUACGUUUG